CUUCCAGGGGGUGACACCAGGCAUCCCUCAUCCCCUCCUUUAGCUGGACCUGCUGGGGAAGAAGGCACAGCAGGAGCCUUGCCACCCUCAGCCCGGGCCUGACCCAGCAGCACAGAAGUAGACAAAUGGCAAGCAAAAAGCGUGAAGUCCAGCUACAGUCGGUCAUCAAUAGUCAGAACCUGUGGGAUGAGAUGUUGCUGAAUAAAGGCCUAACAGUGAUUGAUGUUUACCAGGCUUGGUGUGGACCUUGCAAAGCUGUGCAAGCUUUAUUCAGAAAACUGAAAAAUGAACUGAAUGAAGAUGAGAUUCUUCAUUUCGCCGUUGCUGAAGCUGACAGCAUUGUGACUCUGCAGUCAUUUAGAGACAAAUGUGAGCCAGUGUUCCUCUUUAGUCUCAAUGGUAAAAUUGUUGCAAAGAUUCAGGGUGCAAAUGCACCACUUAUCAAUAAAAAGGUCACUAACUUGAUAGAAGAAGAGAGGAAAAUUGUAGCAGGUGAAAUGAUUCGUCCUCAGUACACAGAAAUUCCACUAGUAGAGCAAUCUGAUGAAGAGUUGGGGGAAUCACAGUAUGAUAAUGCUGGGGAAAUUUUCUAUAUUGCUAUUAUCAAACCCAAUGCUGUACUCAGGAGAAAAAAUAUAGAAAUUAAGGAAAAAAUUACCAAAGAAGGAUUCAUCAUAGAAAUACAGGACAACAUGUUUCUUCCCGAAGAGGUAGUGAGGAAUUUCUACAGCCAUUUAGCAGAUCAGCCCGACUUUGAAGACUUUGUAUCAUUUGUCACAAGCGGCAUAAGCUGUGUGCUCAUUAUAUCACAAGAAGGAGAGCAUGAGGUUAUCCAGGAAGAACUUCAACUUCAGUCUGAAACAGAUGAGGAGGAACCAUCUGAAGACACAGGUGCUAAGUUUGCACCUGUGAUGACAAAGAAGAAACGGGACAGUUUGCAAGAAUAUUUGGAACGACAACAUGUAUCGGAGUUUUGUGAUGUUGAGGAUAAUGCGUCUAAGGUUUCUAUGUACAUUGACAUGUUAUUCCCUGAUUUCAAAACCAUGAAAAUCAAGAAUAUACAAAGGACCCUGGCAUUGCUGUUUCCAGAAGUCUAUGAGGAAAAGAAAGAUGAUAUUUUGAACAUUAUUCGGAAUGAAGGGUUCACCAUACUGAUGCAGAGGCAAAUAGUAUUAUCAGAGGAAGAAGCCAGAACAGUGACCAAGGACUAUGAGAAUGAAGAGUAUUUUAAUAGUCUUUUAUCUUACAUGUGCAGCAAUGCAUCUUACAUCCUUGUUCUGUUGAGGGAAAAUGCUGUGGAUUAUUGGAAAGAGUUAAUGGGACCAACAAAUGUUGAGGAAGCUUACGCAUAUUCUCCAGAGAGUUUAUGUGCACAGUUUUUCACAGGAACUUUUCCUAUUAACCAGUUCUAUGGAAGCAGUUCAAAAGCAGAAGCUAAGAAGGAAAUAGAAUAUUUCUUCCCUCCUCAGACAACGCUGGCAUUGAUCAAACCUCAUGUGACUAAGGAACAAAGAAUGGAAAUCCUGAAAAUCAUUAAAGAGGCAGGAUUUGAGAUAAGCCUGCUGAAGGAAAUACACCUGAUUCCCGAGAAUGCAAGCAAAGUUUAUUUCAAAAUAACAGGAAAAGACUUCUAUAAAAGUGUCUUGGAAGUCUUAUCUUCGGGCAUGUCUCUAAUCAUGGCUCUGACCAAGUGGAAUGCUAUUGCAGAAUGGAGACGAAUGAUGGGUCCAGCAGACCCAGAAGAAGCAAAACUGCUCUCCCCGGGUUCCCUACGAGCCAAAUAUGGAGUAGACAUUUUGAGAAAUGCUGUCCAUGGGGCAUCUAACUUAUCCGAAGCAGAAAGCGUCAUCAGUAAUGUGUUCACAGAGGAUAAUUCCGAGGAUGAAGAGCAGUAGAUAUUUUUUUUUCAUAGAAGUUUGAGAAGGUGACGACGAAGUUUUCAUCAACAUAAAAUCAUGAGGUACAGCUUUCUCUAAUAACAAAAUUCCUCCAAUGAAAAGACAUGUCAAGAUGAAAACUUGCAUAGUUAUGCCUGGCUACAAUAAAACCUGUAACCCCCAAAGGUUCAAAUGUUGAUUUUUUUCAUCAAGGACAUAAAAUGGACUAUAUACAGGUAUCCAACAAGAUAUGACACAAGGUAGGAGAAACACAAGCUAGCGAGAAGUCUAGUGCAGAUGCAGCCUGGGGAGGAGUGACUUGAGAAAGAAUGCUGAAAGCUUUUAACACUUACAAGGUGCUCACAGAUGUGACAAUAAACUUUCCAGCUAGAAAGUCUAAGAAGGUGAAAUAUGAGUAGAAACAUUGUUUUCAAUUUUUAAAAGAUUUGUUUUAUUUUAUGUGUGUGAACAUUUUGCCUGGAUGCUUGUAUUGCAAUGUAUUCAUACCUGGUGUCUGCAGAAGAAAAAAAAAGGGUGUUAGGUCCCUUGAAACUGGAGUUAAAAAUGGUUGUAUGUGGGUGCUAAGAUCCAAAUCCAGGUCAUCUGCAAGAGCAACAAGUGCUCUUAGCCCUAGUUUUCUCUCUAGCCCCAGAGACUUGCUUAAUUUGUAAUCUCACUAUGGGACUGUGUAGACCACACUUCUAGCUCCCUGAAGGUAUGAUGCUGACACUAUCUGCAGGAAAUGGAACAGAAGUAAAAAUUUUCAUUGAAUUUUAUCUUUUCCUCUCCUGGGUGAAACUGCAUGAUGUUUCUUACAGUGAAGGACCCCUGAGUUCACAUCCAGGUUUAUGUGCAAUUCCCAGCCACUAGAUGUCACUGGCUUCUCAGUCCACUAAAGAGUGUGCUCUGUCUGGCAAGGGAAUUAGGAAGUUCCAUGAUGGGUUCUGUCUGAGGUUAGUAAUAGAUUAUUCAGUUGAAAACUGUAGUGCUGCAACACUGCUUGAUACUACUGAGUGAUACAUGUGAGUGGUGAUUAAUUAUGUAAAAUCUAGUCACAUGAGAAUUAUUGAGGAAAACCUUUCUCAUUUUUAAAAUUCCAAAUGAAUUUUAACUUUUUUUAGACCAUCACAUGAGUAUUGUAUUUAUAUCAUUCUUACCACUCCCUCUUCUGCUUCCAACUCUUCUCAUGUUAGCCCAACUCCACCUCAAGUUCAUGACCUCUUCUAUAAUAUAUGUCCUGCUGGUUCCAUUUGGUAUUGCUUCACUGUAUUUGUGUUUUGGACUGACCACUUGAAUUUGGAUAAUAUAUCAGCAUGCUUGACCCUGGAGAAUAAUGAAUAUCCUUCUCCCAAAAGCCAUUAAAUGCAUGCAGCUCUUCAUCUAUGCCUUGUGAGAUUCUCCCUCUCAUACCUCCACAUAUGUUGGCAUGUUAGUUGGUAUAAUUUUUCAGGUCUAGUUUAGGUGACCAUAUUGUUGUGAUUUUACGGAUACAGAUUCUUUGCGUAUAUACAAGACACAAUUUUCCAGAAGUCUUGCUGGUCCUUUGGCUCUUAACAUGCAUUCCAUCUUAUGGGAUGUGUAGGAGGAAGUCUGUAUGCCACCAUUAAACAUGUGACUUAGUAGAGGCGCACACAG